UUGUUCUUUCUUCCCUUUGUUUCUCCAGUCAGACACACUGUGAAAUUUUUUCUCACCGCGACGUCUGGAAUCUCCAACAUCCCAGAGUUUAUGGGUGUUGCAAUGGUGGAUGAUGUUCCAGUGGGAUACUGUGACAGCAGCAUCAAGAGGGCCACAUCCAAACAGGGGGACUGGAUGAAAAUGUUCUUUCAGGAUAAUCCACAGCACCUGGACUGGUACACCAAGGAAUGUCGUGACUCACAGUUUUUCUUCAGAGACCAGCUGGAGAGUUUAAGGCAGCGCUUCAACCAAUCUGAAGGUGUCCACACUUACCAGAGGCUGAACGGCUGUGAAUGGGACGAUGAGACUGGAGAGGUCAAAGUUUAUGAUGGAGAAGACUUCAUUGUAAUGGACAUGAACACACUGACCUGGAUCGCUCCAGUGCCGCAGGCUGUCCCCACCAAACUGAAAUGGGACACUGAGGAAGGCAGACUGGAGUACAAUAAGAUUUUCUAUAUCUAUUUAUGUCCUGAAAAACUGAAGAUGUAUCUGAAGUAUGGAAAGAGCUAUCUGCAGAGAACAGACCUCCCCUCGGUGUCUCUCCUCCAGAAGUCUCCGUCCUCUCCAGUCUGCUGUCAUGCUACAGGUUUCUAUCCUGAUAAAGCCGACAUAUUCUGGAGAAAAGAAGGACAACAGCUUUUUGAGGACGUGGAUCACGGAGAGCUGCUCCCCAACCACGACGGAACCUUCCAGAUGAGUGUGGACCUGAACCUUUCAUCAGUCAAACCUGAAGACUGGGAGAAGUACGAGUGUGUGUUUCAGCUGGCUGGUGCCAAAGACGACAUCAUCACCAAACUGGACAAAGACGCCAUCUGGACCAACCACGAGACGCCCAGUGACGUCUUCGUCCCCGUCAUUGUUGCAGUGGUUCUUCUUGCACUUGUUCUGGCUGCAAUCGUUGGAUUCAUAGUUUACAAGAAGAAGAAAGGAGCUAAAUGUCCUCCGUCUCAGACGCCCAGUGAUGUCCUCGUCCCCGUCAUUGUUGCAGCGGCUGUUCUUGCAGUUGUUCUGGCUGCAAUCAUUGGAUUCAUAGUUUACAAGAAGAAAGGAGCUAAACGUCUUCUGCCUGCUGACAGCAGCUCUGAGGCCUCACAGCACCUGAAUCCAGAUGCCACGACAACAUGAACACUGUUUUUGGAUUCAUAUCUCACGGGAAAAUGAGGAGAUGUCUUCAUGCUCUUCUGUUCAUCUGUAAACUGGGAGUAAAUUUGUUAUUGAUGAGUAUAUUAUUUUACGAAUUAAUCACAGUUUUAGAAUUAAAAACAAUAAACAUGUAAAUUCUCUGUACGGGAGAUUAUUGUGCAAAUAUC